AUGGCUGAUAGUGAUGAUGAAUAUGAUCGUAAAAGGCGCGAUAAGUUUCGCGGUGAAAGAGGAAACGCUGAAGGAAGCAGUUAUCGUAGUAGUGAUCGCCGAGAGGAAAGAGGUCGUGGUCGGGAGGAGUGGUCUGAAAGAUCUCGUGGAGGUCGUUCUGGUCCUGACUACAGAGACUAUCGAGGGGGAGCAAGCGCUAGCCGAGGGUAUUCACCUGUAAGAGGAGAAGGACCACCAAACAAAAGAAUCAGGCCUGACUGGCCUAUAGAUGAUAGAAGAUAUGGAGGGAUGCCACAUGACACAUAUGGUUCCUAUGGUUGGUCACAUGAUCACUUUGGUCCUCAUCCUGCACACCAAGGCUAUGGACAGCCUAUGCCACCAGUACCGGCAAGAGAUGCAGUUUUACCCAUGGGUCCAGUAGAUGGUCCCCCUACAAUGAUGACCUUCAAGGCCUUUUUGGCUGCUCAAGAUGACUCCAUUACUGUAGAUGAUGCCAUUCAGAAGUAUAAUGAAUAUAAACUGGAGUUUAGAAGACAACAGCUUAAUGAGUUUUUUGUUGCUCAUAAGGAUGAGGAAUGGUUCAAGAUCAAAUAUCAUCCAGAAGAGUCUGUGAAACGUAAAGAAGAGCAAUUAACGGCAUUGAAGAAUAGGUUAAAUGUCUUCUUGGAGUUACUGGAACAAGGGGAAUUGGAUAAAGUCUCAGUUGAUGUUGACAAGUCUGAUAAAUUAAUAAGACUGCUUGAUACUGUGGUUAUCAAGUUAGAAGGUGGAACUGAAGAAGAUCUGAAGGCUUUGGAUGAGCCGCCACCGCAAGAAAAUUCUAAUAACAGUGAGAAACAAGGAAAUGAUAAAAGUGAAGCAGAAAAAGCUGUAGUUAUAGAUGUGGACGAAGUGAAAGUCAAGGAAGAAAAAGACCACCCGGAACAAGAUAAGGAAAAAAAGGCUGAAUCUCCAAAGCCUACAGCACCUCUUACAAUGGAGAUAGAUCCUCAUUUGCGACAACUUCAAGAACAAGCUAAAAUGUUUUCCCGAUUCAACUCCCAGCCCGGCAGUGAAAAUGAGAGUACAGUUCAGGAGAAAGAGCCACCCCCACCGGCGGUGUCGUCAUCUAGUUCAUCGUCGUCCAGCUCAUCGUCUUCCAGUUCAGAAGACGAAGGCGAAACAAACAACCGACGGAAAUCCAAGUCUAAAUCGAAAUCACCAGACAAAUCGCCCAAACAAAAGGAGAAGUCACCAAGCGUGGAAAAAAUUGUGGACAUAUCUGAAACAGAUAAAGAAAAGGAAAACAACAACGAAAACAAAUCUGAAACUGCAAACGAUGUUGUUGUUGAGAAAAAGGAGUCCCGUGCUCUGCACAAAACUACUUCAAUAUUUUUAAGGAAUUUGGCACCUUCCAUUGCUAAAGCUGAAGUCGAAGCUAUGUGCAAGCGUUAUGGUGGAUUCCUUCGUGUGGCGUUGGCCGACCCUUUGCCAGAACGUCGGUGGUUCCGCCGAGGUUGGGUCACCUUUCGUCGGGAAGUGAAUAUUAAAGACAUAUGCUGGAAUCUUAACAAUAUACGGCUGCGCGAGUGUGAGCUGGGCGCGAUCGUGAACCGGGAUCUGCAGCGGCGCAUCCGCGCGGUGUCCGGCGUGACGCUUGAGCGCGCCGUGCUGCGCGCCGACGCGCGCCUGGCCGCGCGCCUCGCGCACCUGCUGGACACGCGCACGCGCCUCUGGCAGCAAGAGCCGCGCGCCGACACCGCCGACACCACCGCCACCACCGACACCGCCGACGACAAGCCCGCCGCGCCAGAUGUAACUACCCCACUCACACUAACGCUCGUACUAGCCCGUCUAGUACCAUACACAGUCGACACGCGCACGCGCCUCUGGCAGCACGAGCCGCGCGCCGACACCGCCGACACCACCGCCACCACCGACACCGCCGACGACAAGCCCGCCGCGCCAGAUGUAACUACCCCACUCACACUAACGCUCGUACUAGCCCGUCUAGUACCAUACACAGUCGACACGCGCACGCGCCUCUGGCAGCACGAGCCGCGCGCCGACACCGCCGACACCACCGCCACCACCGACACCGCCGACGACAAGCCCGCCGCGCCAGAUGUAACUACCCCACUCACACUAACGCUCGUACUAGCCCGUCUAGUACCAUACACAGUCGACACGCGCACGCGCCUCUGGCAGCACGAGCCGCGCGCCGACACCGCCGACACCACCGCCACCACCGACACCGCCGACGACAAGCCCGCCGCGCCAGAUGUAACUACCCCACUCACACUAACGCUCGUACUAGCCCGUCUAGUACCAUACACAGUCGACACGCGCACGCGCCUCUGGCAGCACGAGCCGCGCGCCGACACCGCCGACACCACCGCCACCACCGACACCGCCGACGACAAGCCCGCCGCGCCAGAUGUAACUACCCCACUCACACUAACGCUCGUACUAGCCCGUCUAGUACCAUACACAGUCGACACGCGCACGCGCCUCUGGCAGCACGAGCCGCGCGCCGACACCGCCGACACCACCGCCACCACCGACACCGCCGACGACAAGCCCGCCGCGCCAGAUGUAACUACCCCACUCACACUAACGCUCGUACUAGCCCGUCUAGUACCAUACACAGUCGACACGCGCACGCGCCUCUGGCAGCACGAGCCGCGCGCCGACACCGCCGACACCACCGCCACCACCGACACCGCCGACGACAAGCCCGCCGCGCCAGAUGUAACUACCCCACUCACACUAACGCUCGUACUAGCCCGUCUAGUACCAUACACAGUCGACACGCGCACGCGCCUCUGGCAGCACGAGCCGCGCGCCGACACCGCCGACACCACCGCCACCACCGACACCGCCGACGACAAGCCCGCCGCGCCAGAUGUAACUACCCCACUCACACUAACGCUCGUACUAGCCCGUCUAGUACCAUACACAGUCGACACGCGCACGCGCCUCUGGCAGCACGAGCCGCGCGCCGACACCGCCGACACCACCGCCACCACCGACACCGCCGACGACAAGCCCGCCGCGCCAGAUGUAACUACCCCACUCACACUAACGCUCGUACUAGCCCGUCUAGUACCAUACACAGUCGACACGCGCACGCGCCUCUGGCAGCACGAGCCGCGCGCCGACACCGCCGACACCACCGCCACCACCGACACCGCCGACGACAAGCCCGCCGCGCCAGAUGUAACUACCCCACUCACACUAACGCUCGUACUAGCCCGUCUAGUACCAUACACAGUCGACACGCGCACGCGCCUCUGGCAGCACGAGCCGCGCGCCGACACCGCCGACACCACCGCCACCACCGACACCGCCGACGACAAGCCCGCCGCGCCAGAUGUAACUACCCCACUCACACUAACGCUCGUACUAGCCCGUCUAGUACCAUACACAGUCGACACGCGCACGCGCCUCUGGCAGCACGAGCCGCGCGCCGACACCGCCGACACCACCGCCACCACCGACACCGCCGACGACAAGCCCGCCGCGCCAGAUGUAACUACCCCACUCACACUAACGCUCGUACUAGCCCGUCUAGUACCAUACACAGUCGACACGCGCACGCGCCUCUGGCAGCACGAGCCGCGCGCCGACACCGCCGACACCACCGCCACCACCGACACCGCCGACGACAAGCCCGCCGCGCCAGAUGUAACUACCCCACUCACACUAACGCUCGUACUAGCCCGUCUAGUACCAUACACAGUCGACACGCGCACGCGCCUCUGGCAGCACGAGCCGCGCGCCGACACCGCCGACACCACCGCCACCACCGACACCGCCGACGACAAGCCCGCCGCGCCAGAUGUAACUACCCCACUCACACUAACGCUCGUACUAGCCCGUCUAGUACCAUACACAGUCGACACGCGCACGCGCCUCUGGCAGCACGAGCCGCGCGCCGACACCGCCGACACCACCGCCACCACCGACACCGCCGACGACAAGCCCGCCGCGCCAGAUGUAACUACCCCACUCACACUAACGCUCGUACUAGCCCGUCUAGUACCAUACACAGUCGACACGCGCACGCGCCUCUGGCAGCACGAGCCGCGCGCCGACACCGCCGACACCACCGCCACCACCGACACCGCCGACGACAAGCCCGCCGCGCCAGAUGUAACUACCCCACUCACACUAACGCUCGUACUAGCCCGUCUAGUACCAUACACAGUCGACACGCGCACGCGCCUCUGGCAGCACGAGCCGCGCGCCGACACCGCCGACACCACCGCCACCACCGACACCGCCGACGACAAGCCCGCCGCGCCAGAUGUAACUACCCCACUCACACUAACGCUCGUACUAGCCCGUCUAGUACCAUACACAGUCGACACGCGCACGCGCCUCUGGCAGCACGAGCCGCGCGCCGACACCGCCGACACCACCGCCACCACCGACACCGCCGACGACAAGCCCGCCGCGCCAGAUGUAACUACCCCACUCACACUAACGCUCGUACUAGCCCGUCUAGUACCAUACACAGUCGACACGCGCACGCGCCUCUGGCAGCACGAGCCGCGCGCCGACACCGCCGACACCACCGCCACCACCGACACCGCCGACGACAAGCCCGCCGCGCCAGAUGUAACUACCCCACUCACACUAACGCUCGUACUAGCCCGUCUAGUACCAUACACAGUCGACACGCGCACGCGCCUCUGGCAGCACGAGCCGCGCGCCGACACCGCCGACACCACCGCCACCACCGACACCGCCGACGACAAGCCCGCCGCGCCAGAUGUAACUACCCCACUCACACUAACGCUCGUACUAGCCCGUCUAGUAUCUGGCAGACACGAGCCGCGCGCCGACACCGCCGACACCACCGCCACCACCGACCACCGCCGACGACAAGCCCGGCCGCGCCAGAUUCCGACACGCGCACGCGCCUCUGGCAGCCACGAGCCGCGCGCCGACACCGCCGACACCACCGCCACCACCGACACCGCCGACGACAAGCCCGCCGCGCCAGAUGUAACUACCCCACUCACACUAACGCUCGUACUAGCCCGUCUAGUACCAUACACAGUCGACACGCGCACGCGCCUCUGGCAGCACGAGCCGCGCGCCGACACCGCCGACACCACCGCCACCACCGACACCGCCGACGACAAGCCCGCCGCGCCAGAUGUAACUACCCCACUCACACUAACGCUCGUACUAGCCCGUCUAGUACCAUACACAGUCGACACGCGCACGCGCCUCUGGCAGCACGAGCCGCGCGCCGACACCGCCGACACCACCGCCACCACCGACACCGCCGACGACAAGCCCGCCGCGCCAGAUGUAACUACCCCACUCACACUAACGCUCGUACUAGCCCGUCUAGUACCAUACACAGUCGACACGCGCACGCGCCUCUGGCAGCAAGAGCCGCGCGCCGACACCGCCGACACCACCGCCACCACCGACACCGCCGACGACAAGCCCGCCGCGCCAGAUGUAACUACCCCACUCACACUAACGCUCGUACUAGCCCGUCUAGUACCAUACACAGUCGACACGCGCACGCGCCUCUGGCAGCAAGAGCCGCGCGCCGACACCGCCGACACCACCGCCACCACCGACACCGCCGACGACAAGCCCGCCGCGCCAGAUGUAACUACCCCACUCACACUAACGCUCGUACUAGCCCGUCUAGUACCAUACACAGUCGACACGCGCACGCGCCUCUGGCAGCAAGAGCCGCGCGCCGACACCGCCGACACCACCGCCACCACCGACACCGCCGACGACAAGCCCGCCGCGCCAGAUGUAACUACCCCACUCACACUAACGCUCGUACUAGCCCGUCUAGUACCAUACACAGUCGACACGCGCACGCGCCUCUGGCAGCAAGAGCCGCGCGCCGACACCGCCGACACCACCGCCACCACCGACACCGCCACCACCGACACCGCCGACGACAAGCCCGCCGCGCCAGAUGUAACUACCCCACUCACACUAACGCUCGUACUAGCCCGUCUAGUACCAUACACAGUCGACACGCGCACGCGCCUCUGGCAGCAAGAGCCGCGCGCCGACACCGCCGACACCACCGCCACCACCGACACCGCCGACGACAAGCCCGCCGCGCCAGAUGUAACUACCCCACUCACACUAACGCUCGUACUAGCCCGUCUAGUACCAUACACAGUCGACACGCGCACGCGCCUCUGGCAGCACGAGCCGCGCGCCGACACCGCCGACACCACCGCCACCACCGACACCGCCGACGACAAGCCCGCCGCGCCAGAUGUAACUACCCCACUCACACUAACGCUCGUACUAGCCCGUCUAGUACCAUACACAGUCGACACGCGCACGCGCCUCUGGCAGCACGAGCCGCGCGCCGACACCGCCGACACCACCGCCACCACCGACACCGCCGACGACAAGCCCGCCGCGCCAGAUGUAACUACCCCACUCACACUAACGCUCGUACUAGCCCGUCUAGUACCAUACACAGUCGACACGCGCACGCGCCUCUGGCAGCACGAGCCGCGCGCCGACACCGCCGACACCACCGCCACCACCGACACCGCCGACGACAAGCCCGCCGCGCCAGAUGUAACUACCCCACUCACACUAACGCUCGUACUAGCCCGUCUAGUACCAUACACAGUCGACACGCGCACGCGCCUCUGGCAGCACGAGCCGCGCGCCGACACCGCCGACACCACCGCCACCACCGACACCGCCGACGACAAGCCCGCCGCGCCAGAUGUAACUACCCCACUCACACUAACGCUCGUACUAGCCCGUCUAGUACCAUACACAGUCGACACGCGCACGCGCCUCUGGCAGCACGAGCCGCGCGCCGACACCGCCGACACCACCGCCACCACCGACACCGCCGACGACAAGCCCGCCGCGCCAGAUGUAACUACCCCACUCACACUAACGCUCGUACUAGCCCGUCUAGUACCAUACACAGUCGACACGCGCACGCGCCUCUGGCAGCACGAGCCGCGCGCCGACACCGCCGACACCACCGCCACCACCGACACCGCCGACGACAAGCCCGCCGCGCCAGAUGUAACUACCCCACUCACACUAACGCUCGUACUAGCCCGUCUAGUACCAUACACAGUCGACACGCGCACGCGCCUCUGGCAGCACGAGCCGCGCGCCGACACCGCCGACACCACCGCCACCACCGACACCGCCGACGACAAGCCCGCCGCGCCAGAUGUAACUACCCCACUCACACUAACGCUCGUACUAGCCCGUCUAGUACCAUACACAGUCGACACGCGCACGCGCCUCUGGCAGCACGAGCCGCGCGCCGACACCGCCGACACCACCGCCACCACCGACACCGCCGACGACAAGCCCGCCGCGCCAGAUGUAACUACCCCACUCACACUAACGCUCGUACUAGCCCGUCUAGUACCAUACACAGUCGACACGCGCACGCGCCUCUGGCAGCAAGAGCCGCGCGCCGACACCGCCGACACCACCGCCACCACCGACACCGCCGACGACAAGCCCGCCGCGCCAGAUGUAACUACCCCACUCACACUAACGCUCGUACUAGCCCGUCUAGUACCAUACACAGUCGACACGCGCACGCGCCUCUGGCAGCAAGAGCCGCGCGCCGACACCGCCGACACCACCGCCACCACCGACACCGCCGACGACAAGCCCGCCGCGCCAGAUCAAGAGCCGCGCGCCGACACCGCCGACACCACCGCCACCACCGACACCGCCGACGACAAGCCCGCCGCGCCAGAUGUAACUACCCCACUCACACUAACGCUCGUACUAGCCCGUCUAGUACCAUACACAGUCGACACGCGCACGCGCCUCUGGCAGCAAGAGCCGCGCGCCGACACCGCCGACACCACCGCCACCACCGACACCGCCACCACCGACACCGCCGACGACAAGCCCGCCGCGCCAGAUGUAACUACCCCACUCACACUAACGCUCGUACUAGCCCGUCUAGUACCAUACACAGUCGACACGCGCACGCGCCUCUGGCAGCAAGAGCCGCGCGCCGACACCGCCGACACCACCGCCACCACCGACACCGCCGACGACAAGCCCGCCGCGCCAGAUGUAACUACCCCACUCACACUAACGCUCGUACUAGCCCGUCUAGUACCAUACACAGUCGACACGCGCACGCGCCUCUGGCAGCACGAGCCGCGCGCCGACACCGCCGACACCACCGCCACCACCGACACCGCCACCACCGACACCGCCGACGACAAGCCCGCCGCGCCAGAUGUAACUACCCCACUCACACUAACGCUCGUACUAGCCCGUCUAGUACCAUACACAGUCGACACGCGCACGCGCCUCUGGCAGCACGAGCCGCGCGCCGACACCGCCGACACCACCGCCACCACCGACACCGCCACCACCGACACCGCCGACGACAAGCCCGCCGCGCCAGAUGUAACUACCCCACUCACACUAACGCUCGUACUAGCCCGUCUAGUACCAUACACAGUCGACACGCGCACGCGCCUCUGGCAGCAAGAGCCGCGCGCCGACACCGCCGACACCACCGCCACCACCGACACCGCCGACGACAAGCCCGCCGCGCCAGAUGUAACUACCCCACUCACACUAACGCUCGUACUAGCCCGUCUAGUACCAUACACAGUCGACACGCGCACGCGCCUCUGGCAGCAAGAGCCGCGCGCCGACACCGCCGACACCACCGCCACCACCGACACCGCCGACGACAAGCCCGCCGCGCCAGAUGUAACUACCCCACUCACACUAACGCUCGUACUAGCCCGUCUAGUACCAUACACAGUCGACACGCGCACGCGCCUCUGGCAGCAAGAGCCGCGCGCCGACACCGCCGACACCACCGCCACCACCGACACCGCCGACGACAAGCCCGCCGCGCCAGAUGUAACUACCCCACUCACACUAACGCUCGUACUAGCCCGUCUAGUACCAUACACAGUCGACACGCGCACGCGCCUCUGGCAGCAAGAGCCGCGCGCCGACACCGCCGACACCACCGCCACCACCGACACCGCCGACGACAAGCCCGCCGCGCCAGAUGUAACUACCCCACUCACACUAACGCUCGUACUAGCCCGUCUAGUACCAUACACAGUCGACACGCGCACGCGCCUCUGGCAGCACGAGCCGCGCGCCGACACCGCCGACACCACCGCCACCACCGACACCGCCGACGACAAGCCCGCCGCGCCAGAUGUAACUACCCCACUCACACUAACGCUCGUACUAGCCCGUCUAGUACCAUACACAGUCGACACGCGCACGCGCCUCUGGCAGCAAGAGCCGCGCGCCGACACCGCCGACACCACCGCCACCACCGACACCGCCGACGACAAGCCCGCCGCGCCAGAUGUAACUACCCCACUCACACUAACGCUCGUACUAGCCCGUCUAGUACCAUACACAGUCGACACGCGCACGCGCCUCUGGCAGCACGAGCCGCGCGCCGACACCGCCGACACCACCGCCACCACCGACACCGCCGACGACAAGCCCGCCGCGCCAGAUGUAACUACCCCACUCACACUAACGCUCGUACUAGCCCGUCUAGUACCAUACACAGUCGACACGCGCACGCGCCUCUGGCAGCACGAGCCGCGCGCCGACACCGCCGACACCACCGCCACCACCGACACCGCCACCACCGACACCGCCGACGACAAGCCCGCCGCGCCAGAUGUAACUACCCCACUCACACUAACGCUCGUACUAGCCCGUCUAGUACCAUACACAGUCGACACGCGCACGCGCCUCUGGCAGCACGAGCCGCGCGCCGACACCGCCGACACCACCGCCACCACCGACACCGCCGACGACAAGCCCGCCGCGCCAGAUGUAACUACCCCACUCACACUAACGCUCGUACUAGCCCGUCUAGUACCAUACACAGUCGACACGCGCACGCGCCUCUGGCAGCACGAGCCGCGCGCCGACACCGCCGACACCACCGCCACCACCGACACCGCCGACGACAAGCCCGCCGCGCCAGAUGUAACUACCCCACUCACACUAACGCUCGUACUAGCCCGUCUAGUACCAUACACAGUCGACACGCGCACGCGCCUCUGGCAGCACGAGCCGCGCGCCGACACCGCCGACACCACCGCCACCACCGACACCGCCACCACCGACACCGCCGACGACAAGCCCGCCGCGCCAGAUGUAACUACCCCACUCACACUAACGCUCGUACUAGCCCGUCUAGUACCAUACACAGUCGACACGCGCACGCGCCUCUGGCAGCACGAGCCGCGCGCCGACACCGCCGACACCACCGCCACCACCGACACCGCCGACGACAAGCCCGCCGCGCCAGAUGUAACUACCCCACUCACACUAACGCUCGUACUAGCCCGUCUAGUACCAUACACAGUCGACACGCGCACGCGCCUCUGGCAGCACGAGCCGCGCGCCGACACCGCCGACACCACCGCCACCACCGACACCGCCGACGACAAGCCCGCCGCGCCAGAUGUAACUACCCCACUCACACUAACGCUCGUACUAGCCCGUCUAGUACCAUACACAGUCGACACGCGCACGCGCCUCUGGCAGCACGAGCCGCGCGCCGACACCGCCGACACCACCGCCACCACCGACACCGCCGACGACAAGCCCGCCGCGCCAGAUGUAACUACCCCACUCACACUAACGCUCGUACUAGCCCGUCUAGUACCAUACACAGUCGACACGCGCACGCGCCUCUGGCAGCACGAGCCGCGCGCCGACACCGCCGACACCACCGCCACCACCGACACCGCCGACGACAAGCCCGCCGCGCCAGAUGUAACUACCCCACUCACACUAACGCUCGUACUAGCCCGUCUAGUACCAUACACAGUCGACACGCGCACGCGCCUCUGGCAGCACGAGCCGCGCGCCGACACCGCCGACACCACCGCCACCACCGACACCGCCGACGACAAGCCCGCCGCGCCAGAUGUAACUACCCCACUCACACUAACGCUCGUACUAGCCCGUCUAGUACCAUACACAGUCGACACGCGCACGCGCCUCUGGCAGCACGAGCCGCGCGCCGACACCGCCGACACCACCGCCACCACCGACACCGCCGACGACAAGCCCGCCGCGCCAGAUGUAACUACCCCACUCACACUAACGCUCGUACUAGCCCGUCUAGUACCAUACACAGUCGACACGCGCACGCGCCUCUGGCAGCACGAGCCGCGCGCCGACACCGCCGACACCACCGCCACCACCGACACCGCCGACGACAAGCCCGCCGCGCCAGAUGUAACUACCCCACUCACACUAACGCUCGUACUAGCCCGUCUAGUACCAUACACAGUCGACACGCGCACGCGCCUCUGGCAGCACGAGCCGCGCGCCGACACGCCGACACCCGCCACCACCGACACCGCCACCACCGACACCGCCGACGACAAGCCCGCCGCGCCAGAUGUAACUACCCCACUCACACUAACGCUCGUACUAGCCCGUCUAGUACCAUACACAGUCGACACGCGCACGCGCCUCUGGCAGCACGAGCCGCGCGCCGACACCGCCGACACCACCGCCACCACCGACACCGCCGACGACAAGCCCGCCGCGCCAGAUGUAACUACCCCACUCACACUAACGCUCGUACUAGCCCGUCUAGUACCAUACACAGUCGACACGCGCACGCGCCUCUGGCAGCACGAGCCGCGCGCCGACACCGCCGACACCACCGCCACCACCGACACCGCCGACGACAAGCCCGCCGCGCCAGAUGUAACUACCCCACUCACACUAACGCUCGUACUAGCCCGUCUAGUACCAUACACAGUCGACACGCGCACGCGCCUCUGGCAGCACGAGCCGCGCGCCGACACCGCCGACACCACCGCCACCACCGACACCGCACCCGACACCGCCGACGACAAGCCCGCCGCGCCAGAUGUAACUACCCCACUCACACUAACGCUCGUACUAGCCCGUCUAGUACCAUACACAGUCGACACGCGCACGCGCCUCUGGCAGCACGAGCCGCGCGCCGACACCGCCGACACCACCGCCACCACCGACACCGCCGACGACAAGCCCGCCGCGCCAGAUGUAACUACCCCACUCACACUAACGCUCGUACUAGCCCGUCUAGUACCAUACACAGUCGACACGCGCACGCGCCUCUGGCAGCACGAGCCGCGCGCCGACACCGCCGACACCACCGCCACCACCGACACCGCCGACGACAAGCCCGCCGCGCCAGAUGUAACUACCCCACUCACACUAACGCUCGUACUAGCCCGUCUAGUACCAUACACAGUCGACACGCGCACGCGCCUCUGGCAGCACGAGCCGCGCGCCGACACCGCCGACACCACCGCCACCACCGACACCGCCGACGACAAGCCCGCCGCGCCAGAUGUAACUACCCCACUCACACUAACGCUCGUACUAGCCCGUCUAGUACCAUACACAGUCGACACGCGCACGCGCCUCUGGCAGCACGAGCCGCGCGCCGACACCGCCGACACCACCGCCACCACCGACACCGCCGACGACAAGCCCGCCGCGCCAGAUGUAACUACCCCACUCACACUAACGCUCGUACUAGCCCGUCUAGUACCAUACACAGUCGACACGCGCACGCGCCUCUGGCAGCACGAGCCGCGCGCCGACACCGCCGACACCACCGCCACCACCGACACCGCCGACGACAAGCCCGCCGCGCCAGAUGUAACUACCCCACUCACACUAACGCUCGUACUAGCCCGUCUAGUACCAUACACAGUCGACACGCGCACGCGCCUCUGGCAGCACGAGCCGCGCGCCGACACCGCCGACACCACCGCCACCACCGACACCGCCGACGACAAGCCCGCCGCGCCAGAUGUAACUACCCCACUCACACUAACGCUCGUACUAGCCCGUCUAGUACCAUACACAGUCGACACGCGCACGCGCCUCUGGCAGCACGAGCCGCGCGCCGACACCGCCGACACCACCGCCACCACCGACACCGCCGACGACAAGCCCGCCGCGCCAGAUGUAACUACCCCACUCACACUAACGCUCGUACUAGCCCGUCUAGUACCAUACACAGUCGACACGCGCACGCGCCUCUGGCAGCACGAGCCGCGCGCCGACACCGCCGACACCACCGCCACCGACCGCACCACCGACACCGCCGACGACAAGCCCGCCGCGCCAGAUGUAACUACCCCACUCACACUAACGCUCGUACUAGCCCGUCUAGUACCAUACACAGUCGACACGCGCACGCGCCUCUGGCAGCACGAGCCGCGCGCCGACACCGCCGACACCACCGCCACCACCGACACCGCCGACGACAAGCCCGCCGCGCCAGAUGUAACUACCCCACUCACACUAACGCUCGUACUAGCCCGUCUAGUACCAUACACAGUCGACACGCGCACGCGCCUCUGGCAGCACGAGCCGCGCGCCGACACCGCCGACACCACCGCCACCACCGACACCGCCGACGACAAGCCCGCCGCGCCAGAUGUAACUACCCCACUCACACUAACGCUCGUACUAGCCCGUCUAGUACCAUACACAGUCGACACGCGCACGCGCCUCUGGCAGCACGAGCCGCGCGCCGACACCGCCGACACCACCGCCACCACCGACACCGCCGACGACAAGCCCGCCGCGCCAGAUGUAACUACCCCACUCACACUAACGCUCGUACUAGCCCGUCUAGUACCAUACACAGUCGACACGCGCACGCGCCUCUGGCAGCACGAGCCGCGCGCCGACACCGCCGACACCACCGCCACCACCGACACCGCCGACGACAAGCCCGCCGCGCCAGAUGUAACUACCCCACUCACACUAACGCUCGUACUAGCCCGUCUAGUACCAUACACAGUCGACACGCGCACGCGCCUCUGGCAGCACGAGCCGCGCGCCGACACCGCCGACACCACCGCCACCACCGACACCGCCGACGACAAGCCCGCCGCGCCAGAUGUAACUACCCCACUCACACUAACGCUCGUACUAGCCCGUCUAGUACCAUACACAGUCGACACGCGCACGCGCCUCUGGCAGCACGAGCCGCGCGCCGACACCGCCGACACCACCGCCACCACCGACACCGCCGACGACAAGCCCGCCGCGCCAGAUGUAACUACCCCACUCACACUAACGCUCGUACUAGCCCGUCUAGUACCAUACACAGUCGACACGCGCACGCGCCUCUGGCAGCACGAGCCGCGCGCCGACACCGCCGACACCACCGCCCACCCCACCGCCACCACCGACACCGCCGACGACAAGCCCGCCGCGCCAGAUGUAACUACCCCACUCACACUAACGCUCGUACUAGCCCGUCUAGUACCAUACACAGUCGACACGCGCACGCGCCUCUGGCAGCACGAGCCGCGCGCCGACACCGCCGACACCACCGCCACCACCGACACCGCCGACGACAAGCCCGCCGCGCCAGAUGUAACUACCCCACUCACACUAACGCUCGUACUAGCCCGUCUAGUACCAUACACAGUCGACACGCGCACGCGCCUCUGGCAGCACGAGCCGCGCGCCGACACCGCCGACACCACCGCCACCACCGACACCGCCGACGACAAGCCCGCCGCGCCAGAUGUAACUACCCCACUCACACUAACGCUCGUACUAGCCCGUCUAGUACCAUACACAGUCGACACGCGCACGCGCCUCUGGCAGCACGAGCCGCGCGCCGACACCGCCGACACCACCGCCACCACCGACACCGCCGACGACAAGCCCGCCGCGCCAGAUGUAACUACCCCACUCACACUAACGCUCGUACUAGCCCGUCUAGUACCAUACACAGUCGACACGCGCACGCGCCUCUGGCAGCACGAGCCGCGCGCCGACACCGCCGACACCACCGCCACCACCGACACCGCCGACGACAAGCCCGCCGCGCCAGAUGUAACUACCCCACUCACACUAACGCUCGUACUAGCCCGUCUAGUACCAUACACAGUCGACACGCGCACGCGCCUCUGGCAGCAAGAGCCGCGCGCCGACACCGCCGACACCACCGCCACCACCGACACCGCCGACGACAAGCCCGCCGCGCCAGAUGUAACUACCCCACUCACACUAACGCUCGUACUAGCCCGUCUAGUACCAUACACAGUCGACACGCGCACGCGCCUCUGGCAGCACGAGCCGCGCGCCGACACCGCCGACACCACCGCCACCACCGACACCGCCGACGACAAGCCCGCCGCGCCAGAUGUAACUACCCCACUCACACUAACGCUCGUACUAGCCCGUCUAGUACCAUACACAGUCGACACGCGCACGCGCCUCUGGCAGCACGAGCCGCGCGCCGACACCGCCGACACCACCGCCACCGACACCGCCACCACCGACACCGCCGACGACAAGCCCGCCGCGCCAGAUGUAACUACCCCACUCACACUAACGCUCGUACUAGCCCGUCUAGUACCAUACACAGUCGACACGCGCACGCGCCUCUGGCAGCACGAGCCGCGCGCCGACACCGCCGACACCACCGCCACCACCGACACCGCCGACGACAAGCCCGCCGCGCCAGAUGUAACUACCCCACUCACACUAACGCUCGUACUAGCCCGUCUAGUACCAUACACAGUCGACACGCGCACGCGCCUCUGGCAGCACGAGCCGCGCGCCGACACCGCCGACACCACCGCCACCACCGACACCGCCGACGACAAGCCCGCCGCGCCAGAUGUAACUACCCCACUCACACUAACGCUCGUACUAGCCCGUCUAGUACCAUACACAGUCGACACGCGCACGCGCCUCUGGCAGCACGAGCCGCGCGCCGACACCGCCGACACCACCGCCACCACCGACACCGCCACCACCGACACCGCCGACGACAAGCCCGCCGCGCCAGAUGUAACUACCCCACUCACACUAACGCUCGUACUAGCCCGUCUAGUACCAUACACAGUCGACACGCGCACGCGCCUCUGGCAGCACGAGCCGCGCGCCGACACCGCCGACACCACCGCCACCACCGACACCGCCGACGACAAGCCCGCCGCGCCAGAUGUAACUACCCCACUCACACUAACGCUCGUACUAGCCCGUCUAGUACCAUACACAGUCGACACGCGCACGCGCCUCUGGCAGCACGAGCCGCGCGCCGACACCGCCGACACCACCGCCACCACCGACACCGCCGACGACAAGCCCGCCGCGCCAGAUGUAACUACCCCACUCACACUAACGCUCGUACUAGCCCGUCUAGUACCAUACACAGUCGACACGCGCACGCGCCUCUGGCAGCACGAGCCGCGCGCCGACACCGCCGACACCACCGCCACCACCGACACCGCCGACGACAAGCCCGCCGCGCCAGAUGUAACUACCCCACUCACACUAACGCUCGUACUAGCCCGUCUAGUACCAUACACAGUCGACACGCGCACGCGCCUCUGGCAGCACGAGCCGCGCGCCGACACCGCCGACACCACCGCCACCACCGACACCGCCGACGACAAGCCCGCCGCGCCAGAUGUAACUACCCCACUCACACUAACGCUCGUACUAGCCCGUCUAGUACCAUACACAGUCGACACGCGCACGCGCCUCUGGCAGCACGAGCCGCGCGCCGACACCGCCGACACCACCGCCACCACCGACACCGCCGACGACAAGCCCGCCGCGCCAGAUGUAACUACCCCACUCACACUAACGCUCGUACUAGCCCGUCUAGUACCAUACACAGUCGACACGCGCACGCGCCUCUGGCAGCAAGAGCCGCGCGCCGACACCGCCGACACCACCGCCACCACCGACACCGCCGACGACAAGCCCGCCGCGCCAGAUGUAACUACCCCACUCACACUAACGCUCGUACUAGCCCGUCUAGUACCAUACACAGUCGACACGCGCACGCGCCUCUGGCAGCACGAGCCGCGCGCCGACACCGCCGACACCACCGCCACCACCGACACCGCCGACGACAAGCCCGCCGCGCCAGAUGUAACUACCCCACUCACACUAACGCUCGUACUAGCCCGUCUAGUACCAUACACAGUCGACACGCGCACGCGCCUCUGGCAGCACGAGCCGCGCGCCGACACCGCCGACACCACCGCCACCACCGACACCGCCACCACCGACACCGCCGACGACAAGCCCGCCGCGCCAGAUGUAACUACCCCACUCACACUAACGCUCGUACUAGCCCGUCUAGUACCAUACACAGUCGACACGCGCACGCGCCUCUGGCAGCACGAGCCGCGCGCCGACACCGCCGACACCACCGCCACCACCGACACCGCCGACGACAAGCCCGCCGCGCCAGAUUUCGACACGCGCACGCGCCUCUGGCAGCACGAGCCGCGCGCCGACACCGCCGACACCACCGCCACCACCGACACCGCCGACGACAAGCCCGCCGCGCCAGAUGUAACUACCCCACUCACACUAACGCUCGUACUAGCCCGUCUAGUACCAUACACAGUCGACACGCGCACGCGCCUCUGGCAGCACGAGCCGCGCGCCGACACCGCCGACACCACCGCCACCACCGACACCGCCACCACCGACACCGCCGACGACAAGCCCGCCGCGCCAGAUGUAACUACCCCACUCACACUAACGCUCGUACUAGCCCGUCUAGUACCAUACACAGUCGACACGCGCACGCGCCUCUGGCAGCACGAGCCGCGCGCCGACACCGCCGACACCACCGCCACCACCGACACCGCCGACGACAAGCCCGCCGCGCCAGAUGUAACUACCCCACUCACACUAACGCUCGUACUAGCCCGUCUAGUACCAUACACAGUCGACACGCGCACGCGCCUCUGGCAGCACGAGCCGCGCGCCGACACCGCCGACACCACCGCCACCACCGACACCGCCGACGACAAGCCCGCCGCGCCAGAUGUAACUACCCCACUCACACUAACGCUCGUACUAGCCCGUCUAGUACCAUACACAGUCGACACGCGCACGCGCCUCUGGCAGCACGAGCCGCGCGCCGACACCGCCGACACCACCGCCACCACCGACACCGCCGACGACAAGCCCGCCGCGCCAGAUGUAACUACCCCACUCACACUAACGCUCGUACUAGCCCGUCUAGUACCAUACACAGUCGACACGCGCACGCGCCUCUGGCAGCACGAGCCGCGCGCCGACACCGCCGACACCACCGCCACCACCGACACCGCCGACGACAAGCCCGCCGCGCCAGAUGUAACUACCCCACUCACACUAACGCUCGUACUAGCCCGUCUAGUACCAUACACAGUCGACACGCGCACGCGCCUCUGGCAGCACGAGCCGCGCGCCGACACCGCCGACACCACCGCCACCACCGACACCGCCGACGACAAGCCCGCCGCGCCAGAUGUAACUACCCCACUCACACUAACGCUCGUACUAGCCCGUCUAGUACCAUACACAGUCGACACGCGCACGCGCCUCUGGCAGCACGAGCCGCGCGCCGACACCGCCGACACCACCGCCACCACCGACACCGCCGACGACAAGCCCGCCGCGCCAGAUGUAACUACCCCACUCACACUAACGCUCGUACUAGCCCGUCUAGUACCAUACACAGUCGACACGCGCACGCGCCUCUGGCAGCAAGAGCCGCGCGCCGACACCGCCGACACCACCGCCACCACCGACACCGCCGACGACAAGCCCGCCGCGCCAGAUGUAACUACCCCACUCACACUAACGCUCGUACUAGCCCGUCUAGUACCAUACACAGUCGACACGCGCACGCGCCUCUGGCAGCACGAGCCGCGCGCCGACACCGCCGACACCACCGCCACCACCGACACCGCCACCACCGACACCGCCGACGACAAGCCCGCCGCGCCAGAUGUAACUACCCCACUCACACUAACGCUCGUACUAGCCCGUCUAGUACCAUACACAGUCGACACGCGCACGCGCCUCUGGCAGCACGAGCCGCGCGCCGACACCGCCGACACCACCGCCACCACCGACACCGCCGACGACAAGCCCGCCGCGCCAGAUGUAACUACCCCACUCACACUAACGCUCGUACUAGCCCGUCUAGUACCAUACACAGUCGACACGCGCACGCGCCUCUGGCAGCACGAGCCGCGCGCCGACACCGCCGACACCACCGCCACCACCGACACCGCCGACGACAAGCCCGCCGCGCCAGAUGUAACUACCCCACUCACACUAACGCUCGUACUAGCCCGUCUAGUACCAUACACAGUCGACACGCGCACGCGCCUCUGGCAGCACGAGCCGCGCGCCGACACCGCCGACACCACCGCCACCACCGACACCGCCGACGACAAGCCCGCCGCGCCAGAUGUAACUACCCCACUCACACUAACGCUCGUACUAGCCCGUCUAGUACCAUACACAGUCGACACGCGCACGCGCCUCUGGCAGCACGAGCCGCGCGCCGACACCGCCGACACCACCGCCACCACCGACACCGCCGACGACAAGCCCGCCGCGCCAGAUGUAACUACCCCACUCACACUAACGCUCGUACUAGCCCGUCUAGUACCAUACACAGUCGACACGCGCACGCGCCUCUGGCAGCACGAGCCGCGCGCCGACACCGCCGACACCACCGCCACCACCGACACCGCCGACGACAAGCCCGCCGCGCCAGAUGUAACUACCCCACUCACACUAACGCUCGUACUAGCCCGUCUAGUACCAUACACAGUCGACACGCGCACGCGCCUCUGGCAGCAAGAGCCGCGCGCCGACACCGCCGACACCACCGCCACCACCGACACCGCCGACGACAAGCCCGCCGCGCCAGAUGUAACUACCCCACUCACACUAACGCUCGUACUAGCCCGUCUAGUACCAUACACAGUCGACACGCGCACGCGCCUCUGGCAGCACGAGCCGCGCGCCGACACCGCCGACACCACCGCCACCACCGACACCGCCACCACCGACACCGCCGACGACAAGCCCGCCGCGCCAGAUGUAACUACCCCACUCACACUAACGCUCGUACUAGCCCGUCUAGUACCAUACACAGUCGACACGCGCACGCGCCUCUGGCAGCACGAGCCGCGCGCCGACACCGCCGACACCACCGCCACCACCGACACCGCCGACGACAAGCCCGCCGCGCCAGAUGUAACUACCCCACUCACACUAACGCUCGUACUAGCCCGUCUAGUACCAUACACAGUCGACACGCGCACGCGCCUCUGGCAGCACGAGCCGCGCGCCGACACCGCCGACACCACCGCCACCACCGACACCGCCGACGACAAGCCCGCCGCGCCAGAUGUAACUACCCCACUCACACUAACGCUCGUACUAGCCCGUCUAGUACCAUACACAGUCGACACGCGCACGCGCCUCUGGCAGCACGAGCCGCGCGCCGACACCGCCGACACCACCGCCACCACCGACACCGCCGACGACAAGCCCGCCGCGCCAGAUGUAACUACCCCACUCACACUAACGCUCGUACUAGCCCGUCUAGUACCAUACACAGUCGACACGCGCACGCGCCUCUGGCAGCACGAGCCGCGCGCCGACACCGCCGACACCACCGCCACCACCGACACCGCCGACGACAAGCCCGCCGCGCCAGAUGUAACUACCCCACUCACACUAACGCUCGUACUAGCCCGUCUAGUACCAUACACAGUCGACACGCGCACGCGCCUCUGGCAGCACGAGCCGCGCGCCGACACCGCCGACACCACCGCCACCACCGACACCGCCGACGACAAGCCCGCCGCGCCAGAUGUAACUACCCCACUCACACUAACGCUCGUACUAGCCCGUCUAGUACCAUACACAGUCGACACGCGCACGCGCCUCUGGCAGCACGAGCCGCGCGCCGACACCGCCGACACCACCGCCACCACCGACACCGCCGACGACAAGCCCGCCGCGCCAGAUGUAACUACCCCACUCACACUAACGCUCGUACUAGCCCGUCUAGUACCAUACACAGUCGACACGCGCACGCGCCUCUGGCAGCACGAGCCGCGCGCCGACUCUGCCGACACCACCGACACCGCCGACGACUAG